GAAAACAAUAAAUUAGAUAAUUAUUAAAAACAUAACUCUCCUCUGGAUUUUUUGUUUCUGAAUUAUAUUAAUAAUUACAAUUUUUGUUGCUCUGGACUUUUAUUGUGUAAAUUAGCCUGUACGGAAGUAAGCGUGUGUAUAAUUGAGAAUGUACUGCUGAAGCGCUCCUCUGUCAGACAGAAGGCAGCUGAGCUCUGGUGCGGGGAAACAUGCCGACCUUGUCCUUGCCGUUUUCAAACCUCUUCAGAAAUCAGGAGGGUUUUAAGAGACUCUUCGCGCACUUGAAGACUUUGCACACUAGAAGCGGGAAAUGGAGAGUCAACAGCAGCAGCACGCCGUGGGUCUCGAGCUCUGCUCUCGUGUCGCGGAGGAGAGCGGCUCCUGUGGGACAGCUGACAGCAGGGAACAUGUGCACAAGCUCCAGUGGCGACAAGACCAGCUGGCUCUGGUCUGUUUACAAUGAAACCAAACAGCAAACACAAGAUUUAAUUCCUGUGAUAUCAAAGAACUUUGUGAACCCAGACACCAUCUUUGCUAAUAAUCAGAUGAGUCUGCAGGACAUUGAGAUCUAUGGCUUCGACUAUGAUUACACACUUGCAUUCUACUCCAGUCACCUUCACACACAAAUAUUCAACAUCGCCCGGGACAUCCUCAUCAACGAGCACAGGUAUCCAGAAGGACUAAGGCAAUAUGAUUAUAUACCGGAUUUUGUGAUUCGUGGUCUGCACUAUGAUGUUCAAAAGGCCUUACUGAUGAAGAUCGAUGCCUUUCAUUAUAUCCAGCUGGGUACAGUGUACAGGGGUCUUAAUCCUGUGCCAGAAAAGGAGGUCAUUGCGAUGUACGAAGGCUCGCACGUACCCCUCGAGAUCAUGAGUGACUACUAUGGCAAGAGCUCUCACGGUCACACCAUGAAGCAGUUCAUGGAUAUCUUCUCCCUGCCAGAAAUGACGCUGCUGUCAUGCGUUAAUGACUAUUUCAUGAAGCACAACAUUGACUACGAGCCUGUUCAUCUUUAUAAAGACGUCAAGGAGGCCAUAGGAGACGUCCACGUCAGAGGGAUUAUGUAUCGAGUGAUAGAAGCUGAUAUCGAGAAGUACAUCUGUUACGGGGAGCAGACACAUGCUGUUUUACGGAAGCUAUCUAGGAACGGAAAGAAGAUGUUUUUGAUCACGAACAGCCCUUUUGAUUUUGUAGAUCGAGGCAUGAACUACAUAGUUGGUAAAGACUGGCGGGAGCUGUUCGAUGUGGUCAUAGUGCAGGCCGACAAGCCAGGCUUUUUCAAUGACAAGAGGAAACCAUUCAGACGAGUUACUGAUAAAGGCGUGUUGUUAUGGGACAGGAUUCACCACCUUGAGAAAGGGCAGAUCUAUAAACAGGGAAACCUGUAUGAGUUUUUGCGGCUUACAGGCUGGAGGGGGUCAAAGGUUUUGUACUUCGGAGAUCACAUAUACAGCGACCUGGCCGACCUGACCCUGAAACACGGUUGGAGAACGGGAGCUAUCAUUCCUGAGCUGCGUAAAGAGAUCAAAAUCAUGAAUACUGAGGAGUACGUCCACACCAUGACCUGGCUGCAGGCCCUGACCGGACUGCUGGAACAAAUGCAGGUGCACCAGGACCCUGAGUCACAAACGGUGAUUCAGCAGUGGAUCAAUGAAAGGGAGGAGAUGAGGUUACGUACCAAAGACAUCUUCAACUUCCAGUUUGGUAGUCUUUUCCGCACAUACCACAACCCGACCUACUUCACGCGCCGUCUCUCCCGCUUCGCCGACAUCUACAUGGCGUCCCUCAGCUGUCUGCUGAACUAUGACCUCCAGCACACCUUCUACCCCAGACGCACGCCCCUGCAGCACGAGUCUCCCAUCUGGCCCGAGCAGACCAGCACCGGAGCCAUUAACAUCCCCUUCCAGAGCCACAACACAACCCCCAAACCUGAGUAGAGAGGCCACACAAGACACAGGACAGUUACAUGUUACAUCACUUGAGUCAGAUUCAGCUCUAGUUUUAAAGACACAUGCGUGUGAGUGACUUCAUAUAUAACUCCUGUGCUGUGAUACCUUGUUUUUGAUACCAUGUAAAACACUGCAUGGAUGAGAGAGUGCUUAAGGAACAUCGUGGUGUUUUAAUGUGCCUCGUAGUGUAGGAGAGAUUUUAUUUUUGUAGUUCGUAGCCUUUAUUUCAUCACUGGCCUUCAUAAAUCUUAGAAUACUUGACACUCAAGAAAGUGAUUGUACAUGUGAAAGGGUUAAAAGUUGAUUUUGAGCUGAACCGGGUUUCAAGAAGCUAAUAAAGAACAACUUUUAUUAGAACCAAAGGGAAACUCUCAGGAAGGCAGAUGGACGAUGUAUUCAUUUUGAAAUGAUCAUUAAAAAAAUCAGUGUUUAAUAUUUUAAAAGCCUUACAUACUGUGUUUAGCGAUGUGUGAUGAUAAUAAUGUACAGCUGGCUUCAAAAGUUUGAAACCACUAGUGAUUUGUUUUGUUUUGUUGACUUAUAGAAACAUAAAAAAUCCUCAAUCUUUUAAACUGCUGUUCUUUUUAUUACAAAUUCUAUACUUUAUAAAAAUAGAGUGAAAAGUUGAACUUCAAAAUAUAUGUGAAUUUGACAUCAAGUAUUUUAUUUGUUAACUGUUAUUUAAUGUAUUCAAAAUUGUAAAUUGGUCUGACUUUGAUUUUGAAUCUCAAAUUAUCAUUGUGGUUUCAGAUUUUUGGUCCCUGCUGUACGUUUUCAUUGUGUAACUUUAGAAAUCAAUAUUAUAGCUGAACAUAUACGAGAGUUUCUUGUGUCUCUUACAGGGAAUGAGAGUAUUGUACUUAAGUUUCAUUUAUUACCUGUAGGGCAUUUCUGCUUGCAUGGUAAAUAUACAUUUUUGACUUAUAUAUAAACAUUUGCAUCAUGUUUUGAAGACGCCAGUAUUGGGUGGAUUUUGCUUAGUUGAAAUUGAGAACGCACUACUGUUGUUUUUUUGUCUGCCUAGCUUUUUUUGGUACUUAAGGAAGGACUUCUGUGACAAGUUGUCAUUUAUUUAACAUUGUUCAAAUGGCUUUAUGUGUUAAUCCUUAUUUGAAGUGUAUUUUAUUGGGGAUAUUUAUUAUAAAUUGAAUCAAA